GUUAAACCAUACCGAUUUACAAUAUGGCCGACUGCAGUGCGGAAAAGGAGUGAACCCAGUCAAUGGCAAAAGGAAGUUGGAAAUUUAAUUUCUCCCGAACGGCGACAUGGGGUGCAGACUCAAGGAAAAUCCCAACACCAUCUUUGUGGCAUUCUUUGAAGUAGCCGCUCCUGUUGGCAAGGAAUCAGGACCGCAGAUUGUGUCGCACUUCCCGGCCGAUUUUAAUGAAGUCGAUGUCACCAAAGAGUUGCCCAAGUUCUGUUUCCCAUGUGAUCUUAGCACGUAUAACAUAGCAGGCCAGUUUUUCACAUUUGUCCUGACGGGCUUGGACCACACGCAGAGAUUUGGCUUCUGCAGACACCCACCGGGGGCCGCCAAAUGCCUCUGCAUUCUGAGUUACUUGCCAUGGUUUGAUAUAUUCUACAAGAUACUUAACCAAAUUGCUGAGUUGAAGAUCCACCAUCAGGAAGAGAUAUGCCAAGAGUUGAUAACCAAGUUGUACGAGGCAGAAGUCCCUAAGGCUUACCAACAGUUUCAGAUAUCUGUACCAGUAGAGGGCGACUCACCAGUGGAGAUUGCCUUUCAGGGUCCCGACAGCAAGUCGCUUCCCAGGAUACCGAACAAUAGGAACAUCAUGGAAUACUUCAACGCCAUCAACCCCAGCAAUAUGAUGGUAUUAUUUGUCAGCCUCUUAUACGAAAGAAGAAUUUUAAUCACGUCAGAUAAGCUCAGCAGGUUAACGGCGUGCGUGCACAGCGCCGCCUCCUUGCUAUACCCUCUCUACUGGCAGCACAUCUACAUACCCGUCAUGCCGGCACACCUCAUCGACUACUGCUGCGCCCCUAUGCCGUUCCUCGUCGGGGUCCAUUCCUCGUUCAUGCCGCAAGUGCGAAAGAUGGCACUGGACGAAGUCGUCAUUCUCAACGCAGACAACAACAGCAUAGAGACGCCAUUUGAUGAUUUACAAACUCUACCUUCAGAAUCUGUCAGUCAGCUCAAGAAGAACUUGAAAAACACAGAGUUAUGCAAUGGGGAUGGAGUAGCCAGGUCCUUCCUGAAGGUCCUCGUUUAUCUAUUAGGAGGCUACAGGGAGGCCGUCAGGGUCAAGACCGGCUCGCAGCUGAUGUUUGAUCAAGAAAUUUUUGUCCAGUGUCGGUCCAGCCACCUGCAGCCGUUCUUAGAAAAAUUAUUGCAGCUACAGCAUUUCACUCAGUUCAUCGAUUCCAAGGUCCAGCAAAUUGCGUCGGGCAAGCCCAUCAACGACCUCUUUGAAGAAGAGCUUGAAAUAGCGAGACAAGAAGGAAGUCUGUCCAGCAAGAACUUGAAGGAGCAGCUCAAGAUACACCUGACAGACGGCAAGAAGAUGUUGAAAGACGCGCAGAAGAACAUCCAGCAGAAGAUGAUUCAAGCGCAUGGGUCGAUACGACCGAAGGCUAACCCCGAAGCGAUGAAACUGAAGUUGAAACAGGGUAGAGACUUUGCCAACAAGCAUUACAGCGGCCUCAAGAUGAAACUCAUCAAGGGAAAGGAAACUGAAGACCUGGGCAUGACUCGCAGGUACAAUCACCGGCAGGCGUCGUUUUUGGACAUCUCCCUCCCACUCCCGGCCUCCAGCGCCCCCUCCUCGCCCUCUGGUAGCCCCCAGAACAGCCCCGUCCCCAUCAGAGCAGCCUUGGAUGUCAGGCGGAAAACGGACACCAACCGUAAGAUCUCGGAGGAGAAUGCCCGGCCGAUGACAAUGGCUGGCCUGCCCAGACGGCUCUCAUCAGACAGCAGCCUGCCACCCAGUUUACCCCCCAAGACCAAAUCGUACCGUCUGCCCAGUGUGGAGGGCAGGAACUCCUUGGAGGCCAGUGGCUUAGAGGGUCCCUCCAGCAUGAGCCUUAUGGACGAUGCCCAGGUACAGGAAGUCCUGCAGAAGAUCGGCAGUCGAGGGACCCUGGCGGACUCCGCCCCCAAAACCACGACAUCAGCCACAGAUGAUGCACCCAUUCCAAUGCCCCGGCGGAGGAGGGCCAACCGUGAGACUCCAGGGUCAAAGGUCAUCGGCCGUGACAUCCAGCGUCCUCUCAUUCCGCCGCCCCCUGUACCCCCCAGACGGGAGCGGCGAACAGCGCAGACGGUGGAGGAGAGACUAGUGGAUAUUUCCAAUGAGGAGGAAGAGCAGGGGCUGGACCUGUCGCAGGCCCACGGGACUGCUGUUCAACAUGCGUUGGGUGUGGACUGUGAGGACCACACCCUGACCUUUCAGUCGGUCCACGUAAACAAUAACGCCCUGGCUGGGUACCAGCCGGAGGGUGUGCCCCGGAACAGUUCGGCCCAGACCCUUCUGGCUGAUUACGGACUUAACUUUGGUGCGUCAGUGGCCCCUGGCUCCACUGCUGACCCAACGCUGUCGUCACCCACUCAUUGUCUGAGCGUACCCGGCCUGCGGGCCACCAGCAGCAGUCCCAACCUCCAGAGCCUCCAUCGGAGCGGCAGCCCGCCCCAGAUUCUGGUCCAGCAAGUCCUUGUCCAGCAGCCCCCAGCCAGCACGCUGCCGGACCUCCUCAGUCCGACCAAUACCAUGCCCAGACAGAGCGAGAGCCUGGUCUCAGUGUCAGCGGCCCAGCCAGUGACCUCUGCUACGAAAACGCCGCCCCUCAACCCUUUCCAGAUUCAGCACACUCCCCUGCAGCCCAUGGCAGCCUCCGGGAACCCAUUCCAGCAACCCAGUGCUUCCGACCCCAAGGACCCAUUCGCCGACCUUGUCUCAUUCCAACGUCAAGAGGUUGCAAAUCCGUCAUGGAAGAAAUAACCGAUGCCGCGUCGUCGGCAGCACCACCCCAGCUGCAGCUCUCCUUUCAUCAGGUACAUGUGUUUUUUUUCCCUUUUUUUCUGUCCGUCUCCUUUGCAGCCUGUGGCAUUGUUCUUCAGUGCACAUGUAUUUGAGGGUGAUCUGUUGUUUUCAGCGUCCUCCCUUCCAGUAUUGAAUGUAAUUAUGUACAAAUGUGGGCAAAGAAAGGUAACCGAUACAAUGGAAGGAGUAACAGUUCCGAUGAAAUGCAGGGCAGGCAUUGUCAUGGGCAUAUAGAAUGGGAGGGGGAAGUCGCUCUUUUGAUGUAUCUUUUAAAAACAUGGUUUACACUGUUCACUACCCGGUGUGUAGAUAUUGAAGAUUUUAUUUUUCCAAUUUGUAAUUUGAAAAUUACACAAUUGUUACGGAGCCAGCGCAGUGCUCCCUAGAAAUCCGGCCUCUUAGUUGCAACGGAAUGCAACACUGAAAUAGUUUCAGCAACGAGCUUUCAGGAAACCAUUUUUACUUCUUCCAAAUUGUUGCCAAGUAUCUCCAAGCUCACUCCGAGACAAUUACCCUUGCUGCUGUUUGCGCAUGUGUACAUGUAUGUCGUCUGCUGGACCAUCUACCUGUUUCUAACAAUGGAGCUACAUAAUGUACACUUUGUAGUAUAUCAUACUUCACUCCCUUUGGGGUAUAAUAUUAUGUAUUUAUAUUGCUCCCCAUUUAUUGAAGUACGUGUACAUGCCUCAAAUGAGGUAUAUUUGUCAUGAGGUAACUUCUUAGACGGAUACGGUAGUAUUCGAAAUGGGGAGCUUUUGUACCCCUCAAAGUGGAUGUACCGAUUAAAUACUCAGAUUGGAAUAUUUUGUAACGUGUAAAGAUUGCAUAAUAUUCAAUGGCUGAAUUUCUUAACAAAAUUUACUCACCUCAGUUGGGCAUUUCUGAACAAAGAUUGUUUGAUAUUCACUCGAGGAAGAGAAAGAAACUGCUUGACCAUUCUUGGAUGACAUAAAUUUACCAUUUUUUUCUGUUUGAGGUUGAGCGCAUUAAGUGCAUUGUAGAUCAAUAUCUGACUUGAUAAGUAGACGUUUUUACGACAUUCAUAUUUUGGGUUCAGCUUUAUUCAUUUCCUUCCAUUCCCGUCUGUAAUAUUCCAUGCAUCUGAAUUGCUGCAAAUCCUCUCAACAACCAUUCCUAAUCCAAUCAAAUCCAAGCAUUUUGCACAACGUAUAAUCAUACUCUCUCUGUCUAGUUCCCAGGACUGCACUUUCAUGUACGCAGACCGGCCCGCACAAAAUUGCAGAUUUUCAGCCCCUGUCCAUACGCGCCAUUUACCUCGAAGUUCAUUAUUAUUCAGGUAGCCCCAAGGGUACACUUCCUAAAUUGAUACUUUGUUAACAGUUUUGGAAGAUUGCGGCUCUGCUUUUCUGUUCCUAUCACAGCAAUAUGAGUCUGUGUCCCGUUUUUCGCUUCUGGAAACCUUGCUGUUAAAUUUAAAAAGAAAUUCAAAACGAGGUUCCGCAGGGAAGCAGGUUGUUUGUGCCAGUCAACUUCAACCGAGACAUUUAGGUUAGAGAGUCGAAUUAUGAAUUGUUUUGGACGUUUGUUGUCGAGGUGUGCAGAAAAAAUUGCUCCACAAAGGAUAUAGAAUAUUGGUACUGAUAACCAAUACUGCGAAAACGUCAUUUUUUUCUGAAAGUGGAGAUUUACUGCUGUUUGAAUGCUGCUGUUGGACGGCGGUAUUUUUCCAGCACUCGAAUAACACCCCCUCGAGGCUUGGGCAAACACUCCAAACGACAUUUAUUCGUUCAAAUGGCGACAUCUUCAGCUCGCGUCAAGAACCACAUAUGCCACCCGCAUCCCUUGGUAUAAUAAUAUUUAGUCUUGUGGUAUUAAGCACCGAAGCGCUCCCCACACAGUUUAAUAUUCGCCCUUCAAUGCGCACGUCCGGAAGAGGAAAUAUUGGUUUGCCCCACGGCAUGAAAACAUCGGCAUUCGCUUUAGGUUCCUGGCUUAUAAAUAUAAUCACCAUCUCGGUUUCGUUUGCUUAGUGCUCUGCGUAAGAUUGAACCUUGAAACAAAUAUGCAAAAUAACGAGACGCAGUAUCAUCCGUUUUGAGAGUGUUAUUUGCAAAAAACCAAACAACAAAACAAAAACCAAACAAAA